CUUCCUUUUUUCAGGCAGCCGGGAAGAUGGCGGACAUUCAGACAGAACGUGCGUACCAAAAGCAACCGACCAUCUUUCAAAAUAAGAAGAGGGUCCUGCUUGGAGAAACUGGCAAAGAAAAGCUCCCUCGAUACUACAAGAACAUUGGUCUGGGCUUUAAGACUCCAAAGGAGGCCAUCGAGGGCACCUACAUUGACAAGAAAUGCCCUUUUACUGGUAACGUCUCCAUUCGAGGGCGGAUCCUGCCUGGCGUGGUGACCAAAAUGAAGAUGCAGAGGACCAUCGUCAUCCGCCGAGACUACCUUCACUACAUCCGAAAGUACAACCGCUUCGAGAAGCGCCACAAGAACAUGUCCGUGCACCUCUCUCCCUGCUUCAGGGACGUCCAGAUCGGUGACAUCGUCACGGUGGGCGAGUGCCGGCCCCUGAGCAAGACUGUGCGCUUCAACGUCCUCAAGGUCACCAAGGCUGCCGGCACCAAGAAGCAGUUCCAGAAGUUCUGAGACUGGACCUCUGCCCGCUGCCCCAAACACAAUAAAGAUAUUUUCCCCGUCAAAAAAAAAAAAAAAAAAAAAAAAAAAAAAAAAAAUCAAAAC